GCUGUCAGGUUGCUGCUCCCAAUAUGGAAGCCACGUUGAUCCUUGUCCCUCUCUUCCUGUCAGUCAUCCACCUCAGCCCCAGCGUGGCUGAAAUCUCCUGCAUGAACGAGGCUGGCCAGCCUGUGGACUGGUUUCUCAUCUAUAAGUUGCCCAAGUAUAUAGUCCAUCAGUCUGUUGGGCUGGGAUUGAACUACAUGUACCUCGAUCCUUCAACAACAGACUGGCAACGCAGCCAAUACCUCAUCAAUAUGACUGAGAGUGCGACUGGGAGGACCUUGCAGCAACUUUAUUCCACCUAUCAUUCAAAGGUCAAUGACAGAGCAUAUUUUAUCUACAAUGAUGCCGCGCCAUUCAUGCCCUAUGACAUGCAGCACGGACACACAAAAGGGGUUCUGCUGUUUGACAAAUCCCAGGGGUUCUGGCUGAGUCACAGUGUUCCACAUUUCCCACCCUUUGCCAACAAGCGGUAUUCCUGGCCUUCGACUGGGAAGAUGUUUGGACAGAUCCUUUUCUGUUUCACCUACAAAUACAGUCAAGUGAUGGAAAUUGGAAGGCAGUUUUUAUACUUGAACCCACGCAUCUACAACUGGUCUCUCCCUGACACCUUCCUGCCUGAACUUUCAGACCUGCAAAUCGCUGCAAAGGGGGGCAGUGUGUCCAAGUCUCCAUGGAUACGUCACACUGUGCUGACAUCCUCGGCAGGACUCCAGCUUCACAGCUUCACUAAAUUCAAGCGUUUCGGAGAUGAUAUUUACGCGGCCUGGGUUGCUCAGGACCUGAAGACGGAUUUGUUGGCACAAACUUGGAAUGGCACCAAGUACCGGCUCCCUUCGAACUGCUCCCUCCCCAAACACGUCUAUAAUGUUGCCCGGGUCAAAUUGCCAGGGCCAGCCAGCUUUUACUCGAACGAUGACCACUCCAAGUGGUGUGUGUCACUGCGUUACCAUGAGCAGUGGGUUUGUAUUGGAGAUCUCAAUCGGUCAGUUGGUCAAAUGUGGAGAAGUGGGGGCCUUCUCUGUACACAGCACCGGAAUAUUUACCAAACUCUGCGCAGGUCAGUCUCCUGGUACAAUAACUGCACAAUCUCUCAGUAGUGGAAUAAGAGGACAGCUGACACCAAGCGACUCACAGAGCCAACUGGAGGAACAACAUCCCAUCUUCAAACUAAGCAGUUUACAACCUUCUGGGCUCAAUACUGAGCUCAAUGCAUUCAAAUUGUGAACCCGUUCCUUCCUUUUCUUAUAGCUUUACUUGUUAUGUUCUCUGUCACCUUCUGUCCCCACCCCCACCCCCGUGGGACUGUCUGUUCUUUCCAGUCUGACAGUCAGACUCACCAUUCUGCCUACUGCAAAUUCUGAGUCAGAAACUGUGACGCUGGAAAAGCACAGCCGGUCAGGCAGCAUCUGAGGAGCAGGAGAGUCAAGGUUUCACGAAUAAGCUCUUCCCCAGGUCUCGAAACGUCGAGCUUGUGCCCAAAACGUCGAUUCUCCUGCACCGCGGAUGCUGCCUGACCUGCUGUGCUUUUCCAGCGUCACGCUCUUCGACUCCGACUCUCCAACCAUCUGCAGUCCUCACUUUCUCCAUUCUCACAUUCCGUUUACUUAAUAAUAGAGUCACACAGCACGGAAACAGACCCUUCCGUCCAACUAGUACAAGCAACCGUAAUCCAAAACUAAACCUGUCCCACCUGCCUGCUCCUGACCCAUAUCCCUCCAAGUCUUUCCUAUUCACAUAUUCACCCAAAUGUCUUUUAAAUGUUGUAACUGUACCUGCAUCCACCACUUCCUCAGGACAUUGAUUCCACACACGAACCACACUCUGUGUAACAAAUUUGUCUCUUAUGUUUAUUAUAAAUCUCUCUUCUCUCACCUAAAAAAUGUGUCCCCUGGUCUCGAAACUCCCCAUCUUGAGGGGAAGACACCCACCAUCUACACCUCUCAUAAUAAACUUUGAUCAGGUCACCUCUCAGCCUCAUACACUCCAGUGAAAUAAAUCCCGGCUUAUUGAUAUUCUUUCUGCUCCAGCACUCCAACACCCCCCUCACCUCCCCACCCAUUAUUGUAUAACUGCUGCCUCCCUCCACACUUCACAUCAGCUCUGGUGAAGAGUCAUCUAGACUCGAAACAUUAGCUUGUUCUCUCUCCAUGGAUGCUGCCUGAUCCACCGUGAUCUCCAGCAUUUGUUGUUUUUCAGUUCAGCUUCCAGCAUCUGCAGUGAUUUGUACCGACACCAACCUUUCAUUCAUUAUUGUGGCCAGCAUAGCCAUUAGACAACAUGCCUAGCUUCUGCUCUUCUCGCUGUCUGGCAGAUUACAUGAAGCAGCAACAGAGAUUGUCGGUACACGUCCUGCUUAACUGCAUCACCUGCAUUCGUUGGAAUCUAAACCCAUUUGCAAAACGCAGCCUGUUUCUAUGAAGAAAUAAUUCUUACGAUUUAGAUUCCUCCUUCCCCCAUCUUCCCCCAGCUUAACUGGAGUUUUCUGGGUUUACCUGUUGAGUCAUUCCAUAACAAUACCAACAACAUAAAUCUUAUUUGAGUCAUUGUUUCAGCCCGUCCGAGACACAAAACCUCCAAAUCAUCCACAAUGCUUUUAACUUUCUGUGAGAAAAUGCAAGGGUCUCCUUCCCUUCUAAGAUGGGAGUUAUUUUGAUCUUAGGCAGAAGAUGUGGUGCAGAUAGUUACUUAUCACCCUGCUGUGUCACAUUUCUGAAGCCUGGCCUCCUAUCUCAGAGGUAGGGACACUACCACUGCACCACAAGAGCUCCCCUAAGUCAAGUAUAAUGUACUAUUUUGGAUAUUAGAUUGUUACUUGGGUAAUUCUAAUUACUUAAUAUAUUAAUCAUUUACUGUGUAGAGAGGAAAUAAUGCAAAUCACAAGAUUUGGUCUCUUACAGAACCUCAUGGAAGAUGCAAUAAGGUGUGUUCCAAUAAACCUCUAGUUUCACAUACCUCUGCAGACAUGUGAAGAUUUUGUGUUAGACUGUCAGGCCAUAAGCUCCAGCAGCAGAAUUAGACCAUUCAGCCCAUCAGGUCUGCUCCAUCAUCCAAUCAUGGCUGAAAUGCUUCUCAAUCCCAGUCUCCUGCCAUCUCCCUGUUACCCAUGAUCCCAACACUAAUCAGGAACCUCUCCAUCUCUGUCGUAAAGACAUUAAUGACUUGAUCUCCACAGCCCUCUGCAGCGACGAGUUCCACAGAAUCACAGCCCUCCUCCUCAUCCUGGUUCUAAAGGGUUGUCCCUUCACUCUGAGGCUGUGCGAGUCCAGCAAUGCCGUGAAUAUUACAGGAGCCAUACACGAAUGGCCUGUGAGUGUGGUAAGGUGAGAUCUGUGCUCACGUUCUUGAAUAUAACUGUUUACAUGAAAACUCAGAGAAGAUUAAUUGUAGGUUCAGGAGUUAACCUUUUGUAAUUGUCCACUCUGUGCUGAAUAAUUAUGACUGGAGAUUCAUGUGACACAUUUGCUUCGAGAGAGAGAACAUUCCUGGAAGGAGUGUACUGAGAGGUCAUGUCCCCUAGUGGGAGAGUUUAGGACCAGAUGGCAUUAUCUCAGAGUAAGGAAUCAUCCUUUUAAGACGGAGAUGAGGAGGAGUUUCUGAUCUCUGAAGGGAGUGAAUCUGUGGAAUUCUUAGCCGGAGAGGGCUGUCGAGGCUAGGUCAUUAACAUAGAACAUAGAACAAUACAGCGCAGAACAGGUCCUUCAGUCCUCAAUGUUGCGCCGACCCGUGAACUAUUCUCAACUCGUCCCCCUACACUAUCCCAUCAUCAUCCCUGUGCUUAUCUAAGGAUUGUUUAAAUCUCCCUAAUGUGGCUGAGUUGACUACAUUGGCAGGCAGGGCAUUCCACACCCUUACCACUCUCUAAGUAAAGCACCUGCCUCUGAUAUCUGUCUUAAAUCUAUCACCCCUCAAUUUGUAGUUAUGCCCCCUCAUAUACGCUGACGUCAUCAUCCUAGAAAGAAGACUCUCACUGUCUACCCUAUCUAAUCCCCUGAUCAUCUUGUAUGUCUCUAUCAAAUCCCCUCUUAGGCGCCUUCUUUCCAAUGAGAACAGACCCAAAUCUCUCAGCCUUUCCUCAUAAAACCUUCCCUCCAGACCAGGCAACAUCCUGGUAAAUCUCCUCUGCACCUUUUCCAACACAUCCACAUCCUUCCUGAAAUAUGGGGACCAGAACUGUACACAAUAUUCCAAGUGUGGCCGCACCAGCAUUUUGUAUAGUUGCAGCAUGAUAUUGCGGCUCCAGAACUCAAUCCCUCUACCAAUGAAACCUAACACCCGUACGCCUUCUUAACAGCACUAUCCACCUGGGUGGCAACUUUCAGGGAUCUAUGUACAUGGACUCCAAGAUCCCUCUGCACAUCCACACUGCCAUGAAUCUUUCCAUUGACCCAGUACUCUGCCUUUCUGUUAUUCUUCCCAAAGUGUAUCACCUCACAUUUAGCUGCAUUGAACUCCAUUUGUCACCUGAUGAAGAAGCGGCGCUCCGAAAGCCAGUGUGCUUCCAAUUAAAC